AAAUUUCGCAUCACAGACUAUCGUGACUAGGUUCUGGCCAUGGUUUUGGCGGAUCUCUCUGUACUCGCGAGAUGUAUGAUCUUUGCAAGCUUUUAUGCCGAGAAAUUUGACAGGUACAGUUACAAAAAAUUGUCGAUAGAAAAGCAUGAAGAGAGUAAUAUUGUUCAAAAACGGAACAGAUGUAGACGGAAAGGUCUUUUUAGUGACACAUUCGCUGGACGAACUACUGACAGCAGCGAGUCAGAAAUUUGGAUUUACAGCUAAACGAUUGUUCACAUCUCAGGGUGGCGAAAUUGAUGAUCUUAAGCUUAUUAGAGAUGAUGAUAUAUUAUACGUUUCUGAGGAGGAAGGUUUUAUUCCUGUGAAACCAGCCACUACUUCAGCAACAAGUCAGGUCGUACCUGUUAGUUCUGGAACUGAAACGCCGUCAUGCAGCAAGUCAAACACAGAGUGGGUGACAUUAAAUGUAGGUGGAAAAUACUUCACCACGUCAAGGAGCACAUUGGUAACAAAGGAACCCAUGAGCAUGCUAGCAAGAAUGUUUGCAGAGGGGGACAAUGGAUUUUUAAUGACUCCUAGCAAUGUUGACAAAAAUGGUGCUUAUCUUAUUGAUAGAAGUCCAACAUACUUUGAACCACUUCUCAACUACCUGCGAAAUGGACAACUAAUUUUUGAUAAUAAUGUGAAUCCAGAAGGAAUAUUGGAGGAGGCACGCUUCUUUGGCAUUGAAUCAUUGAUUCCUCAGUUGGAAUCAUUAAUACAAGCUGGUCAACGUUCUAGAGAUAAUGCUCCUCUUACUCGGCGUGAUGUUGUUAAUGCCAUCAUUGUCACACCAUUCACCGCUGAACUGCGUUUCCAGGGGGUUAAUUUAGCUGGUGCAGACUUAUCCCGCUUAGAUUUACGCUACAUCAAUUUCAAGUAUGCAUGCCUCCAUGGUUGUCGGAUGCUGGGUGCAAAUUUGAGCUGGUGUAGCAUGGAGAGGGCAGACCUCAGCCAUGCUCAGUUAGAUGGUGCUCAGUUGCUUGGUGUCAAAAUGCUGUGUGCCCAUUUGGAGGGAGCAAGUCUUCGUGGAUGUAAUUUUGAGGACCCUGCUGGAAGCAGAGCCAACAUGGAGGGAGUCAAUCUAAAAGGAGCCAUCCUAGAGGGUAGUAAUAUGGCUGGUGUAAACCUGAGAGUGGCCACCUUAAAAAAUGCCAAUCUACAAAACUGUGACUUACGAGCUGCUGUGCUUGCUGGAGCUGAUCUUGAGAACUGUGACCUCUCUGGAAGUGAUCUCCAUGAAGCUAAUUUACGGGGAGCAAAUUUGAAGGAUGCAGCCUUUGAGCUUAUGUUAACACCAUUACAUAUGUCACAAACUAUACGCUAGAGCAUCACUGUGCUGCUAUUGUAGUGGAAAAAUAUUAACGUGUAACAGUGGAAACAAGUGUGCAGUCAGUUGUAUAAUAUGAUUACUUUUCCAGAGGCAUGAGCAUCUUUGUUAAGUUUUUUUUUUUUGUAUAAUUGUAUAUUUAUUGAAAGAUGUUAAUAGAGGGUGUGUAUUUACUUUUGAAAUUGCAACCUUUGUACAGCAGAAACAUUUUAAUGUUAUCACUGGAGAUAUUUAUUUGUAAAUAUUUUAAUAUUUAGUGGCCUCAGAGUGAAAGAAAAUUGUACAGUGUAACUGUAAUGCAGAGUAUGCAUUAUGAAGGAAGUGUCACCAAAUUUUGUUACCAUUUUUUACAACUAGCUGCAAAUGCAUUAUUAAAUAGUACAAGCUGAUAUAUAAUAUUAUUUUUAGAGUCUGAAUAUACAAGGAAUUUGAUUUCUUGUUAUAUACUGAAACAUGUGUUCAUAUAUCAUGCUAAUAAGAGCAUGAUCUCAUUAUGUAAGAAGCAUAUACAAAUAUGCAGUUACUUACUGUUAGUUCUUCCCUAUCUAAUGUGAUAGUUUUGCGGGUCUGAUUAUACUGGUGGCUGUGAAUAAGUGACACAAUUAUGGUAUCUUAAUAAUCCCCAGUCACUUAUUUUUAAUGCUGUCAUACUGAAUACUCCAGUUUCCAUCUUCUGAAUAUGCUGUUUUGUAUAUGCUUCCUUAUAUAUGUUCAGUGCAAUACAGUGUAUAUCUUACAGAAUCUGAUUUUUGUAUUUUGAUUAAAUUAUUAGUGUUUAAAAGCCAAAGCCAUCUAAAUAACUAUUGUAAUAACAGCUUAAAAGUAGGAAAAAUAUUGAAAGAUACUUCGUAGCAUAUCAGAAUCUUAUUAGGUAUGCGUGUUAAAUGAGUGUGAAUAUGCAUCCCUCAACAGUUGACAUCCAGAUUCUGUUAACGAAAAUAGGACUUUGAAGACUAAUCUGAAAUCCCUGAUGUAAGAUUGACGCCUCCUUUUCAAAAAUGUCAAUAGAAAAUUCUGUGCACAUGUUUUGUUGCAAAUAUAACAAAACUGAGAUUGUUCUUUCAGUAGGCUGUUUUUAAUAACACAAACCUUGUUAAACACUUUUCGUAAGUGGCAGCGGUAUAAUUUGGUGCAUAUUUAAAAACAAGAGUUCCUCUUGUUUAUAUUUUACUCAGUAAUUUGUUUGCAAGUGAAUUUGGUCAAAAUGUCAGGCUAACUGCUGAGGAUCUACGUGACUGAGCCCCUCAUUUGUACUUGACAUAUCUGUUCGUAUGCCACAGUUAAUAUAUACAUGAUUCAGUACAUCAGGACUGCAAUUUAAGUGAAGUAGUUAUGUUUGAUAGAGCAAAUAAAUGUCAUUUGCCAUGUGGACAAAUCUUUAUUGGUAGUACUUUCCCUGACAUUCUUCACCAUAAGUAAUUGAACAGGAAUUCUUUCACUGCUUUCAGUUUUUUUAUAGUAUAAUAAUAGGCCCCCUUUUGACUGUGGGUCAUGUGCUCCCUUUUCUUCAUCGGUCAGUUGUUAGUCGGUACACUCUCUUCUAUAACUCAAGUUUGUAUCACAAAAAGGAAAACUCUCUUGAGGAAACUAAAGUUAUGAAACAAAUGGUUCGCCAGUAACUUAACUUUAAAGGGCAAAAUAUAGAGUACUGAUGAUGGCCAAACACAAAGCUAGGGGGAAAAAAUUUCUACCUUUUGAAACAAUUAUCUCCUUCCUCAGAAAGGAAAGAGUGAUGAAUUGGCAAAGGCUGGAGUAGAAGGGAGGUCACUUGGACUGCAGGAUGAGGGGGUGGACCCAUCUGUUAUGAUAUUAGGGGAUACAAGAUAAAGACAGAGAAGUAAGAUAGCAAGAGGUAAAAGUGCUGUGGAUACUCAAAUAUUGUACAGUUGAAACUGAGAGAGGGUUACCAAUGUCCAGAUUGAAAGUAUCUUUUGGCAGGAAGAGAGAAGACUAGCUCUAAUCAAGACUUAGACACACUGCUAAAAGUGCUGCAAAAGUCUUCUGAAUUAUAAAAAAGGAAAAAAAUUGUGUACUACGCCUAUAAAAAAUUGAAGAGCAAAGCAUAUACUGUUUGGAGCAUUAUUAGACAUGAUAUAAAUGCAGUCUGUGAGAGGGGGGGAAAAAAAAAAAACCUUAUAUUCAUCUCCCUGGUGA